AUUCAAAUGUCAAAUGAUUUGUUGUGGCUAUAUAUAACACUUUGUCUGAUCGCGAAUCCCAUUAUUAUACUAUAAAACUAUAUAAUUAACAGAAACAACAUUAAUUAAUAUCGUCUCGAGGAACUUCACUUCCUCAUAAUAAAAUACUUAUACCACCCCACAAACUUCUCUUUCUAUCACCAUCUUUAAUAUCUUCUCUCUUCUCACCGGAAAAUAAUUAAAUCAAAAUGAUCACCGGCAAAGAUAUAUACGACGUACUAGCGGCGAUGGUGCCGCUAUACGUAGCUAUGAUAUUAGCCUACGGUUCGGUACGGUGGUGGGGAAUAUUUACACCGGACCAAUGUUCCGGUAUUAACCGGUUCGUUGCGGUUUUCGCGGUUCCUCUUCUCUCUUUCCAUUUCAUAUCCUCCAAUGAUCCUUAUGCUAUGGAUUACCAAUUCCUCGCCGCCGAUUCUCUUCAGAAAGUCGUCAUCCUCGCUGCACUCUUUCUUUGGCAGGCGCUUAGUCGCAGAGGAAGUCUAGAUUGGACGAUAACGCUAUUUUCGCUAUCGACACUACCGAACACGUUGGUUAUGGGAAUCCCAUUGCUCCGGGCGAUGUAUGGAGACUAUUCUAGCAAUUUAAUGGUGCAAAUAGUUGUGCUUCAAAGUAUCAUAUGGUAUACAUUAAUGCUCUUCUUGUUCGAGUAUCGUGGCGCUAAGCUUCUUAUCUCCGAGCAGUUCCCAAAAACCGCCGGUUCCAUCACUUCUUUCCGAGUUGAUUCUGAUGUUAUCUCUCUCACUAGCCAUGAUUCCCUCGAGACCGAUGAGGAGAUAGGUGACGACGGAAAGCUCCAUGUAGUGGUCAGGAGAUCAAACGCCGCCUCAUCAAUGAUCUCAUUCAAUAAGUCUCACGGCGGAGGAAUUAACUCAUCCAUGAUCACGCCGCGAGCCUCAAAUCUCACUGACGUCGAGAUUUACUCCGUUAGCUUUAACCAGACAGAUUUUUACAAUAUGUUUAAUGCAAGCAAAGCUCCUAGCCGUCGUCACGGCUACAGCAAGAGUUACGGUGGCGCAGGAUCAGGUCGCGGCGGAGAUGUUUACUCGCUUCAGUCGUCUAUAGGAGUGGCACCGAGAGCUUCGAGCUUUAAUGAGGAAGUUUUUAAGACGAAGAAAGGAGGGAGAAGUAUGAGUGUUCCCUACCCACCACCGAACCCGAUGUUCACGGGGUCAAUGAGCGGAGCAAGUGGAGUCAAGAAAAAUGAAAUUGGUGGCAGAGGAGGACAGAACAAGGAGAUGGACAUGUUUGUAUGGAGUUCGAGUGCUUCUCCUAUUUCGGAAGCCAUCGCUAGGAACGCUAUUACCAGAGGUGCCUCCACCGAUUCAUUCAUCGACCUCAGAGCUUCUCUUCCUCCUAACGACAACCUCGCUUCCAAAGAAAUAGUCAAUAUACUAAAACCUUCGAAUAAUGAUCAUAAACAAAGAAUAAUAAUAUUAAUUCCUAAAAAUCUGAUGAUGACAGCAAUGCAGAGUCUGAUACAGAACAAGACACCCGGAAGAAAAAGGCAUGUGGAGAUGGACCAAGAGGGUAAGAAAGGCAAUGACGUAGAAGACGGUGGUGUCGGCGGUCCGACGAAACAGCAAAUGCCGCCGGCCAGCGUGAUGACGAGACUAAUACUGAUAAUGGUUUGGAGAAAACUCAUUCGAAACCCUAACACUUAUUCUAGUCUCUUUGGCCUUGCGUGGUCCCUUGUCUCCUUCAAGUGGAAUAUAAAGAUGCCAACAAUAAUGAGUGGAUCGAUUUCGAUAUUAUCUGAUGCGGGUCUUGGCAUGGCUAUGUUCAGUCUUGGUUUAUUUAUGGCAUUGCAACCAAAGAUAAUUUCAUGCGGAAAAUCAGUAGCAGUCUUCGCGAUGGCCGUGAGGUUCUUGUCCGGACCAGCCGUAAUCGCAGCCACCUCGACUGCCAUUGGUCUUCGAGGCAAUCUCCUCCAUAUCGCCAUCGUUCAGGCUGCUCUUCCUCAAGGAAUCGUCCCUUUUGUUUUCGCCAAGGAAUAUAACGUCCAUCCUGAUAUCCUAAGCACUGCGGUUAUAUUCGGAAUGCUGGUUGCUUUGCCUGUAACAGUACUCUACUACGUUCUUUUGGGCAUUUAAGCAAUACUGAAACGCAGUGGCAAUGAAAGACGGUCGAUACCACCGAAGGUAACUAAAAAUAUACUAUGGAAAAAAUAUUAAUCCAUUCAGGUGGCU